AUGAGUUCUACCAAGAUGUCGGAUAAACGAAACAUACAAGAUCAGAAACGCAGAUUGCUCGCUGAGAAGUACGAAUUGAGGAGAAAGCUGUACAAAGCGUUGUCUAAAGAUACUGAUCUUCCAAAUGACGUGCGGGAGAAACAUCGUUGUAAGUUGGCUGAUUUGCCGAGAAACAGUUCGUUCACUCGGGUAAUGAAUCGGUGUGUUUUUACUGGUCGUGCUCGUGCCGUUUAUCAGAUGUUUCGAGUUUCUCGUAUCGUUUUUCGUGAUUUAGCAUCCCGGGGUCUUUUGCACGGAGUUAAGAAAGCGUCGUGGUAG